GCCGCGCUAGGCUGCCAAUGCGGCGCUCGCUCAGCGUAAUCCAGCUCUAGUGAUCCAGUAGGCGCAGAUUGAAGCAUAGAUCUAAGCGCAUCGAUGGCGGAUUCUCGCGGCCGAUUUGUUGUCAAGCCGCUGGCGGCGCAGUCGUUCUUGGCGGAUAUCGAGGUAACUCCGGGGAAGAUUUACACUGUGGGGCGAUCGAGCUGCUGCGAUCUCGUGUUCAAGGAUGGGAGGGUCAGUCGCCGGCAUUGCCAGAUUUUCGUGGAUGCCGAAAAUUCUCUCGUCUUGCACCAUGGAGUCGAGAAAGGGGCAGAUAUUUGCCUGAGAUCGUCCGUGGUCUACGUCAACAGUGAAAGGAUUUCUCUCGGGAGCUCCAGGGUUCUUGUUCCAGGGGAUAGAGUGUUCUUGGUAGCUCCGGUUAAGGAUUCUAUCCAGGAUACAGGGUUUACAGUGGAGAAUGCUGGCGAGAGUAGUGAUGCUAUAAGGAGCUCUUUGGAGGAACUAGAGAUGAAUGUCCAGCGGCGCCAGGUAAAAUCCAAGGCUGAUCAUCUCGGGCCAAGUCUCAACUGUAAGGUGAAGAGGGUGAAAGCUUCGGUGGAGCAGCUGAUUGAUAAGAGCCGGCAGCUACGAUCAGAGUGCUUUACCAGGAACUCUAGCCUGGAAAAUCUAGCUUUCGUCGGGAAGGAAAGGGAUCUCCAAGAAGUUGAACAGAUUGGAGGCGACACAAAGGUGGCUGGUUGUGAUUCUUUUCCAAAAUCAAGUGGACUGUGCAUGAAUAAACUGGAGGAUGUACAGCCCUCCAGAACAGACGUGUCAGUGGCAGAUCUUCUGGCGCCAUUGGAAGACAUUCGGGAAAUGUUUGUGGCAUCGUUUACUACUGACAUUAUUUGGUUUAUCUCGUCCUUCGGGCUUCCAAAGACAUUACCUGUGACUAUAGCUUGUCACGACAGCGAACGAAGCUGGAGCACCGCCAUAAGCGACCGCAUGGAGCAUCCAUAUUGUGAGUGGCCAAAUUUGAAAGUAGUGUAUCCGCCUUUCCCUGUUUUGCGACGAACAAAUGAUAAAUCCAGGAUGCGUGGUGUUGGCUGCCAUCAUCCCAAGUUUUUUCUCUUAAAGCGUUCAAAAGAUAUUCGAGUUAUAGUGACGUCCUCCAAUUUGAAUUACAGACAGUGGCUGCAAGUCUCCAACACGGUUUGGUGGCAAGAUUUUCCCCUUCGCAACACAAGAGACUAUUCCUCUCUAUUUUCGUCCAAGAUUACCGAGGGCGGAGAAAGAAAUGGAGAUUUUGCAGCUUACUUGGCUGGCUUCAUUUCCACUUUGGUGAAAGACGUUCCUAGCGAAGCUCAUUGGGCAACCGACUUGGCUUGCUACAAUUUUUCGAAGGCAACGGUGUCACUGGUUGCGUCAGUACCGGGAUUCUGGGAGGAACUGUUGCCUUUCCCAGAGAGUAUGAAGGAGCUGGAGAAAAGUUACCUCGGCACCGUAGCAACAACAGUUGCGGGAAUUAGCCAUCAAUUUUCCCCCAAAUGCGAUCCUAAUGGACUGAGAUUGCGAAAGCUCGCUGCUCUCUUGAACAGUUUGCCUCUUGAUCCAGAAGGCAUGGUGCACGUCCAACUCAAGCGAGCCAAAGACUUACCUGCUGAUCCGAAUGCAGUGGUGAUUUCCGUGGUUCCACCAACUCAGCAGUUGCGCUUUCUCGAGCAAAGCGAUAUUGUAUCACAAGCAGAGGAGCUGCCGAUUGGAUUCUUGCCAAAACGUGCAGCUGCAUGGGUUUCAACGCUGUGUGACGCUGGUUUGUGUAGCUGGAGGGCCAUGCUAUGGCCCAAGCAAGUGCUUGGUGUGGCAGCUGGCCAAAGCAAAAGCGUAGUACAGCUUGGACUUCAUGUUUUUGAGGGGUCUAAGUUCGGGGAGCUUCUUACGAAAGACCAAGAAUCUGCAAUGAGCAAUCUCUUGCGCCAUAUUCAACGGAAAUAUGGCCUGUGGCGAUUAACAGAAGUUCUUGCCGAGCACAAGUGGCCAGAUUCCGCUGAAGUCGAUUUUGUGUAUUGUUCCUCUUCCAUUGGAACGUCCUUGAACUCGAACUUUCUGGCAUCAUUCUCCGAUGCUGCAGGCCGCAAGGCAUCACUAGACGAUUCGUGUGAAUCAGAUCCGGAGUGGGGCCGCUGGACCGCGGAGCAUGAGGCGGCCAAUCCAUCAAUAGAAGUAGUUUUCCCGACCUUGGACCGGUUAAAAAGCGCGAAAUGGGGCCCUUCUUCAUACCGAGGAAUUCUUUGCUUCCCAGAGCGAACGUGGGAGAGAAUAAAAUCGACGAGCGCUGUCAACUUGCACGACGCAAUUCCAUGUCCACCUAGUCGAGAAGGAAUCCCAAUGCAUGUAAAGGUAGCACAGAGACGAUUUAAAUCGCCCACAUCAAGCCAAGCAUUUGGCUGGAUUUAUACAGGCUCACACAACUUUAGCCCCGCCGCGUGGGGCAAAUACGUCAAAAAGGCGGCGAGCAACGACGACGAAUACCAGUCACCUUGCACUCGACUACACAUUUGUAACUACGAGCUCGGGAUAAUAUUCAUAGAUCCGCCACCAACAUACCAGGACGAUGGUGAUUCCAACACAACGAAACAACAAAACCAUGGUGGAAUCGAUAGUUUUACACUGCCGUUUCGAGUACCGGCACCAAAGUACAGCUCUUUAGACAGGCCUGCGACAGGCAGCGCAAUCUUCCAACUUGUACAACAAUUAGGGGAGGGGCAGCGAUCCGUCCUAAACGAGGCUGGAGAGCACGAAGGCGUGUCACUGUCGGACGUGGAGAUUGAUACACAGGAGCCGGAAGAGGACGAUGCAUCCUCGAGCGCGUGCUUAUAAGCCAGGCCACGAGGACGAGAUUUCUUGGCGUGUUUCUAAGCCUAGCACUUUGGAAUGUAGAAAAAUUUCGAGACUACAGGCGACGAGGACGAGAUCUCCCCCGGUGGAGCGCGUGCUUACAAGCAAGACAGUCAGUCCAUCGCUGCCACCUCGCCAUCAGCCGUUGAGCUAAUUUGCCACAUCAUCUCUUGGUUCUUGGCACUUUGAUCUCGGGCUUUCUAGCGUCACAAGAGAUGGGGAGAGAAAUGGAGGAGCUUGGCUUGCCGGUCGAGGUCCGCGACUACCUCCAGUCGGUCUCCAACGCCGAGGUCGCCCUCUUCGUGGCGGACAAGCGCCCCGCCAGCGUCCGCGAGGCCCAAGACAUGGUGGCCGAGCUCGGGGCGCCGCCGGUGAACAAGACUUUCAUGAUAUCCUACGGCGACUCCAACGACUAUGGCUUUUGGGCCCGCGGCACGGUCAACGGUCGCCCGGCGUCCUUCAUGCCCAACUACGGCUCCGACGCCUUGGUCUCGGCCAGCGCGGUCAACCGCCUAGGGUUGACUACCACCCUGUGCCGCCCCUUCCGCGUUGACGGGUCGCCCGUGGUCCACAACCGCAAGGUGAGCGACCUAGUGUUCGAGCUGGAUGGCGGGUACAAAGGCUGCAUGGAUUUCUACGUAGGGGAUGGCGGGCGCAACGAUUUCGUGUUUGGCAACCGCGAUAUGACCAAGUUGGGUACCGGGUGCUCGGUUUACUACGGGCGCAUGCUGGUGGAGCUCAGGGGUGGAGACGGGACUUUUACCUCGCCCCUCUACGAGGGCCGUCCUGGGUUCCACUAGGUGGGGAGCGAUCUUCAUUCUCACAAGCUCAUUUUCAUUUUCAGCAAUGUGCUACUAGGUAGGAACCAAGUGGUAAGCAUUCACUCACAGAACUCCUGUUCUUAUUCUCGGUUCAUUUUUAAAGAAAAACCCAUCGUUUUCAUUCUCA